GAGUUAGGGGAACGAGCGCCACAUUGCUCGACGUUGGCCUGGUUGGCCGCCGCGUGUGUGGUGUGUACCUAUACACGCAUGACGUUUCCACGACGGUGAAACGUCGUGGCCCGGUUUCUUGCGGUGGAGCCGCUCGUCCCUCCGCCGUCUGUCUGUUGUGCCGCGUUCGCCACUCAGUGAACAUACACUCCUGACGGCCAAGAUGGUGACGAUGAAGGGACGCAAGAGCUCGAGCAAGAACCCGCCGAUCCUCAGCCACGAGUUCGUCAUACAAAAUCAUGCGGACAUCUUCUCCUGUGUGGCCAUGGUCUUCGUGAUUGGACUCAUGGUGCAGGUUACGUCGCCAUGGGCCUAUAUGUUUAUUGCUAUUCAUCAUAAUGUGACCAAUACUACCGAGGAUCCGACAGCAGUGGUGAAGUAUGCUACAGGAUGGAAAGAUGCAUGUGCAGUGUUCUUUUAUUUCUUGAUAACUAUCAUAAUGCAUGCUGUGCUUCAGGAAUAUAUAUUUGAUAAAAUUUCCAAGCGACUUCAUCUCAGCAAAGUUAAGCUUUCUAAAUUUAACGAGUCCAGCCAAUUAAUAGUAUUUUAUGUAUUAUCUGCAUUGUGGGCCAUUGAUAUUAUAAUCAGAGAGAAUAUUCUUUUGAACAUAUGGACGUUGUGGGAAGAAUAUCCAGUGCCGAUGUCCGCCUCCCUAAAACUAUUUUUCAUCGCUCAGCUUUCUUAUUGGUUGCAUUGCUAUCCCGAGCUCUAUUUUCAACGAACUAAAAAAGAAGACAUUUUGCAACGUGUUGUCCAUGCAACUAUUGGAUUAAUCUUUACAUUUGCAGCUUAUUUCUUCAACUUCCAGCAUCUCGCUCUGAUCUUAUUAACUCUCCAUUAUGUGGGAGAUGCUUUGCUACAUGCAGCCAGACUGGUUCACUUUAUUAGUCAAAAAGAAAAGAGAACUAAAUUGUCAUUCCUGGUUGCCAAUGCAACUUACGUGUUUGCACGUAUUACGACUAUCGCGCUUACGUGUAUAGUGUUCCUGUAUGGUUUGAGGAAACAGGAGUUUAAACUUGACUAUGUUACCGGCAACUUUAAUACUCCUGUUGUACAAUUCUCCGCAGCGGUUAUUAUCUCGCUCUUCCAAGGCUACCUUCUAUAUUUCUUUAUUACGAAGCAAAUCAAGCGUGCACGCGAGAACGCCGCGCCUGUUGUCAUGAAGACGAAGCCGAAGCAGAAGCCGAAGAAACGAGAAGGCAAGAAAUCGGCCUUGUCCGAAGACGACGAUCUCCCAGAAGUUGAUCAGGCGACGAAGAAGAAUCUGAGAAAUCGUCCUUCAGCCAAAGCAAAAUAGACGCUCAAUAAAUUAGAGAAAUCAUCCUUAUAAGGCUGAUUGGAUGUUCGAUUUUAUUCGCCUGUAUGUCAUGAACACGUCAGAAUGUUCGAUUAAGGCUGCGGUCUAUUUGCUUCUUCUAAAUGCUUUAAACGCUAUGCUCCAAACGCUAUGUUUGGAUUACUAAUACAUUACUGUUCCGCAUGCUAUAGCAAUCGCUAUGUAAUUUCCCACUAAAUAUGUCGAAAUGCUCCAGUCAACUGAAACCAUCUUCCGAGGGCGUGUUCAGAUACUCACCUGAGUACUCUCUAAGUAUCAUGUAAUCCUUGUUUAAUAUUUAGUGGACAAUAAGGAUAAAAUGAUACUUGAGUGGUACUCGAUUGGAAAUUUGAACAUAGCUCGAGAUGAAACAAUUGGUGCGAAAGUAGGAGCGAAAACGAUGCGACGUAUUAAUGAUGUAAUAAGAAUUACUGGAAAUAUCAGGUGAUUCAAGAUGAUCCAGCUAUAUUGAUGUUUGCGUACGCAUUGUUUUGUGUGCUUUCAAAGUAUAUGCUAUGUAAGAUUUGAAGCGCCAAGACCGCAGUCUAAGAUGUACAAAAAUGUAUUCUUCUUAAUGUAAAAAUACGAAGCUUCCAUAAUGUUACCGAUUAAGAAUCGCGACAGCAGAAUGAUUCGAAUGAAGUAUUCGAUACUUAAUUUUGUAUUUAACAGAAAUGAAAAUCGGAUUUAAAAUAUUUUAUGAAAGAGAUAGACAUAAUUUUGGGCAGAGAUAGGCACCCUGCGCCAUUGGAUGUGUUUUUAACUACAAAUCUCAAUUUUUUAAAUCAUUUUAUCGCAUUCAUAUAAAUUGUACAUCUAAAUAUUGUAUUCAUAUAGAAUCGCAGAAUAUUAAUUGCGCAUUUUGGUACGUUGUCCUUUUAUGCACGUCGUGUACAUUUUCUAGAGAAAUUUAUACAAUUUAUCACUGUUUACUGUUAUUUAAAAUUCUAAGAAUUUUUUUCGCGCACUGACUUCUUUCGAUGAAUUUUUAAAGUUAGUUAGAAUAGGACCAUUUAGUUUUCCAAAUCUUCAAUCUUUUCUUCUCCACUGUCUUACUGAUUCAGAUAGAGAAGAGAUUGAAAAGAAAUUGAGUUCCAGAACCAGACGAUAAGCUUGCAUCGCGGUUUUGUUUAUUGUUUUGAAUUGUCCUUGGAAUAAAAUAUUCGAGUAGAUUAGAGACAAACGCAUUGUGCUAGCAUUAAGUUACAAGGCAAAAAAGUAUAUAGGCAUAAUGUGCACGAAAUAAUACUCUGGACCAUAAAUGUGUUAUAAGAAUCAUGUCACGUAAAAAUAUACAUAUCUUAUGCAAUU